AUGCAUUCAUCACCGACGUUUCUUUUGGAAGGAGCCCGCCGGUUAUCGCGAGACGAUGCAGAUGUGCGGAACGAGGACGGGCCAGGACGGUUGACUGUAGAGGGGAAGGCUGCGCGAUCGAAGACGUCCACUGUCAGUCGGGAUGAUGGUUGGACAUGGCCAGAUCCGGAAAAGCAACAAGCAGACGGGCUCAAGCACGGGGUGAGAGAAGAAAACGCAAAAGAAGAAGAGCAUGGAGAUGCCUCUUUGGUGGGUUGGGACGGCGACGACGACCCGGAAAACCCGCAGAACAUGAAGCAGUGGAAGAAGUGGAUGGUCACGGUGUCCAUGGCUUCGAUGACGCUCUGCAUCACCUUCGCGUCCAGUAUUUUCAGCACGGCGACGUCGGCGACGGCCGAGGAGUUCGGCGUCUCAACGGAGGUGACGACGCUCGCCACGUCGCUGUUCGUGCUCGGCUUCGCGUUCGGGCCUCUGAUCUUCGGACCCAUUUCGGAGCUGUACGGAAGGACCAGGCCGCUGUUCACAGGCUUCGCUGUCUUCGCCGUCUUGAACGUGCCCUUGGCCGUCGCCCGGAACCUGGAGACCGUCCUCGUGUGCCGCUUCUUCGGUGGCGUGUUCAGCAGCGCGCCGCUGGCCGUGGUGGGCGGCGCGCUGGCCGACAUGUGGGAUCCAGUCAAUCGCGGCAUCGCAGCGGCCGUGUUCUCGGGCGCCACCUUCGUCGGCCCCGUGCUGGGACCCAUCCUCGGCGGCUUCGUCACGGACAGCCCGCUUGGGUGGCGGUGGACGGCCUGGCUGAUCAUGAUCAUGGCCAGCAUGUUCGGCUUCCUCGGCUUCUUCACAAUCCCCGAGACGUACGCGCCGGUCCUGCUCCAGCGGCGAGCAAGGAAGCUCCGCUACCAGACAAAGAACUGGGCGCUCCACGCCAAGUCUGAAGAGGAGCCCGUGGACUUGAAAGUGAUCGCCGAGAAGUACUUGCUCCGCCCAUUCAAGAUGAUCGUCAUGGAGCCAAUCCUGAUCCUGGUCACGAUUUACAUGUCCGUGAUCUAUGGCAUCGUGUACCUGUUGUUCGAGGCAUAUCCGAUUGCUUUCCAAGAGCAGCGAGGCUGGAACGAAGGCGUCGGCGCGUUGCCUUUUCUCGCCCUUAUCGUCGGCGUCGUUUUUGGUGCCUUCAUCAUCGCCUAUACUUGCAAGACAAGUUUCAAGCGAGCUCUUGAGAAAGAGGGUCGCGUCAUACCGGAAGCACGGCUUCCUCCCAUGAUGAUCGGCGCCUUCGUGUUCCCUGCUGGCAUGUUCUGGUAAGCAGCAGAGCAUCCGAAAAAAAAAAAUUGUAUCUUUGUGCUUAGAAAAGUUCGCAUGGACGUCUGGUCCCAAUCUCCCAUGGGUACCUCAGGUCGUCGCCGGGGCGCCGAUUGGCAUGGGCGUCCUAUUGAUCUUCUUGCAAGGCUCGUCUAUAUGAUAGCCAGGCCUGCACAGUCGCCGUUCUGAUUUUGAUUUAGGGAUGAAUUAUAUCAUCGACGUCUACGGCGUGAACACGAAUAGCGCCCUUGCCGCAAAUACGUUCUUCCGCAGUGUAAUGGGAGCUUGCUUCCCCAUGUUUGCCGUUAAAAUGUUCCGAAAUCUAGGGGUCCGUUGGGCAACUAACUUGCUGGGUUUUCUGACAGUUGCGUUGAUUCCCGUACCGCUCCUGUUCUUUCAAUACGGUGCGAAGAUACGGAAGAUGUCAAGGUACGCACCUAACGCGUGAAAUAUAAGGUAGCAAACACACUGUAGACUAUUAUCUUGACGAUCCUGACUAUGGUAAAAUGUCUUUAAGUCUCCGGGCCCAACAUACUAUUUCCGUCAAAUCUCGUUAUCUUGCGUGCAAUAGCAAGCUCGUUUGGUAUUCAUCAUCAACUGACACCACGCUCCUGUCUCAAGGCAGGACAUCUCUGAUGGCAUUGGCAACGUCGAAUGCAGAUUUGCGG